AUGGCCCCAACUAAAAAACAAAGAAAAUGCCGAUUCGGCAAAACCAAACAGCAAAAGUCAGAUAAAUUGAAGCGGGAAGCAAAAAGGAUGGAAGCUGCCUCAGAUCGAGAGGUCCGUAUGCUUUUCGAUCUCUCCAUGCCAACUGAGACAUUCAACGACAAGAAUUGCAGUUCACCAUCAGAUACAUGCAUGAAUGAGGUUUCGACCAAUCCAAAUAAUUCAGAGCCACAUAUGAUAGAGGCUAAGAGUCACUCUGAAACAAAAAUCAUUGGCGACGAAUUGGUCUUUUUUGGUGACACCGUCAAGAAUGAAGACUUUCAGCUUCAGGUAUUUGAUGCCAAUUUGCGCGAUUCCCUCAAUGAGAAAUCAUUGACUUCGAGUCCAGAAAGCGUGUUUUCCGACAAUAAUCGGGGAUCAAUCACUCCCGAGUGCUUGAUGGAUGACUUGUCAACAUCGCCUCUCUCAGAUCUGAGUCUGAGCAUUUUGCCUCCUGAUUAUGAUGACUUUUCCAAAGAAGUCAUUAAAAUUAUCGACUCUAUUGAUAUCGAUGAGGACAGCUGUUUGGAAAGUCUCAGGGUAGAAGGUCCUUUGAUUAUUCCAAGGGACGACAUCGAGGCUAUUCAAUGUAUUGACCCUGAACUCUAUGAGAUGGAUGUUGACCAAGAAGUUGCACAGUUGGCACACUUCAUCAAAUGUCCACCAAUUGAGCCCAUGAGUUGCCAACAACCUCUCAUCUUGCCUCCUAUGAACCAGGUUCAUCAUUUGCAAAUACCUCCAAUUCUGGACCCUUUGGGCAAUCAUCAUCAAGGGAAAAUCGUAGCUCAGUACGCUACCCACUGUUUCUGUCCUAGCUGCCCAUCUAGCUCUAGACAGAUUGGUUUACCAUUGGGCAAGACCCCCUCACCGUCAAAGGACAAGAGUAAUUUUAGAGUAUACUCAUAUACUCCAAAAUAUUUCGAAGAUAAGAGGAAUGAGGAAGCAAAGCAGACAAAGUUGAUAGAACUUCCUUCGGUUCUUGAUGAGCCAGGAGUUGUCAAAAUCACUAAGCCGGGCACUAGACGUGCUCGCAAUGUCAAGAAUAAGAUGGAGAGAGUACAUCAAUUCACGUAUGCGUUUAAGCCACCAAGUGAAUACAUGAUCAAGACCUGGCUGGCCAGGCACCAAUCCGACGAAACCACUUCAAAGAAGAAUGAUGACCUAACUGAGUUGCCUUCAAAAUUCUUAUUGACCACAUUUCCCGCUAUCAAAAGAUGGAUAAUAUUCAAGCAAAGAUACGCGCAAAUUGACCAGGCAACUAUCACCUCAGCAAGAGAAUGUUGUCAUUGUAACACUCUUUUUGACGAAAUCGAGAACUACAUGGCACACCUUGACAGACAUAACAUUAUACACGAAAGCUUCUGUGUUGAUGAUGACUGUCCCCUUGCAGUUAUUGGUUUUAGAACUAAGUGGGAGCUUAGACGCCAUAUUCGAAACGAUCAUUUGGACCAAUACGCGCCGUACUUGUCAAGUCAUAUGGAUGAAAUGCUUCAAAACGAUCUCACACGCAAGAUGCUCAAUAGCGUAUAUGUAUGCAAGUACGAAUGUUGUCGAAAGAUAUUUUAUCGUCUGGACUCUAUGGCAAGACACGAGAAACUGAGACAUUCGUGGAAGAAACUAUUGGCGGAUGCUUCUAAGGUGUCAAGCCAAAAGGAAGGUUACGCUAAGCAGAGAGCAGGCCUCAAAACGCCUGUUCUUGCGUCACCAGUAUAG